AUGAGUAAGAGUGAUGAAAUGCUGCUGAAUCCCUAUGAUGCACAAGUUGGCAGUGAUGGUUCAGAAUCGUUCUUUGUUUUUCAAAAAAUUACAGAAGAAGGAUUCAAGGUACCUCGUUUUGAUUUGAAUGUCUAUCAAUUGGCUCCAGAAUUAGACCACGACUGGCUUGAUACGGGCCGUAACGAAUUAAUAAAGCUGAUAAAUACGGUGAAAGGACAGUUGACUCAAGACAUAUACGAGUUGAUUAGCAGUAAUACACUUUCAACACAAACACUGUUAGAAUGUUGUGACAAAGUGACGGCUGGUACAGUUGAGAAUAAAUUUGUACUUUUAAAGCGUCGAUAUUCUAUUCUACAAGGUAAUGUUGUGGAUCAUAAAAGGGAAGAUCUGCCAGUGAUUGAGCCGGACCUAGUUUUUGAUGUGAUUAUGGCUGCACAUCUAAUCAACGGGCAUCUCCCUUGGCGCAAGAUUCAUCAACAUUUAAAGAAUUUAUACGCCAAUGUGACCCGUGAUUUCACAAAUUUGGUGACAUUGUAUUGUUCUCACUGCAAUACUGAUCGAAAUAUGAAAAGAUUUUUACGAUACAAACAUUAUAACGUAUACGAUAAAGUUAUGCCGCUGGAGCGCUGCCAUGUAGAAAUAUUUGCUCCAUUUGACGAUGAUGGAAACGAGAAAAUUGAAGAUAAAUAUAGCCAUGUUCUCUAUUGCAGAGAUUAUCAUUCGAGGUUUGUGUGGAUGUUACCUUUAGAGGGAAUAACUUUUCGAGAUCUAGUUCCUGCUUUGACUCAACUAUUAUGCUCCAUGAUCAGAUUACCAAUUUUCUUAGAGACCGCGACUCUUGACAGACAAGACAUGUUUGACGUGUGUGAAUAUAUUGCUAGGAAAUAUAAAUUGAAAAUUGGUUUAGGUUUAAAUAGUGGAACAGAUUUUCAGAGAAAUGGUGUCACUAGGAUAAAGAAUCUAUUUGCUGAACAUAAGGAACAAUGCAUUAAAGAAUGGAAUAUGUGUCUAAGAUUGGUCCUCACCCGCGUGAACCAAAACUAUUCUGAUAGAGUCAGAGGUAUUCCUAGUGAUUUACUUUGCAACGAAAUAUCUAAUAUUGCUCACAAAUUUAAAUUAAAACAGAGGAAAAUCAUAGACGAGUUGUACGCUCAUCAUGUGGUCCAAUUCAGAGAGGCAGGCGGUAUGAUAUAUCUAGAGGAUGACAACAGUGCAUUUGUCGUUGAUGAAGAUGAGCAUGGCCCAGAAAAUGAUAAUGUUCCUGUAACAGAAUCACCUUCGAAGGAAUCAAUGAAAUCUUCAAACAAUAUAGCGGAUAACUUAUUAGAGCCAAAUAAUAAUAGUUCAAUCCCUUCUAAGAGAGUAUUGCCAAGUGAAAAAAGUAGCAUUAGAAAGAACGGAUCUAAAAAGAAAAUCAAUAAAGAAAAGGUGACUGAUAAAGGGAAGAUGGAACUAUCGUCACCGUUGUCUCAGGCAGGAAAUCAAGACUUUCAAGAUUUAUCUGAAAUUCCAGAACCCAGCAGUCCGUACUUUAGAAAUACCUCAAUAUCACAGCGAUCGAAAUACGCGGACGUUUCAAUUGAGCUAUGA